GCGGGUCGCGCGGUGCCUGGCAGUGCUGACCCGCCCCUCGCGCCGCUCGCACCAUGGAGCCGCCGCUCUCCGCGGCUGGCGGGCCGGCGCUGCCCCUGUGGAAGCGGGAGAUCCUGGAGCGGAAGCGGGCCAAGCUGGCGGGGCCGCCCGCGGGCGGCGGGGAGCCGGGCGGCGGGGGCCGGGCGGGCCCGGCGCCCCCGGAGGAGCGGCUGGUGCUGGCCGACAGCCUGGGCCCGCUGCGCGAGAACCCUUUCAUGCGGUUGGAGAGCGAGCGGCGGCGGCUGCGGCAGGGGCUGCCCGGGGGCGGGCGGCGGGGCGCGGGGCGGCCGCUGCAGGAGCUGCUGGAGCUGUACAGCGCCGUGCCCGGCAUCCGCACCAUCCGCGCCGACAACAUCCUCAUCAUCGAGUCCCAGCCCGACGCCGACGCCGGCUGCUUCGCGGCCGGGGAGGGCGCCCGGGACCCGCUGCCUGCCGCCUCGCCGCGGGGCCGCGACCCGCUCCGGGACCUGCUGGCUCGCAAGGGCUCGGCGCUCACCGAGAUCCGUGCCGCCCAGGUCUUCGUCUACGAGCCGACCGAGUCCGGCCAGGCCGGCCGGGUCAGCCGCCUGCUGCAGAAGUUUGACCAGAGGCCGCGGGGCCGGCGGCGCCGGAGCAGAGACGCAGAGCCCGGCCCGCUCGUUGCGGUGCCAAACUCCCCCGUCAGCCCCCCAGCCCGGCCGGCCCCGGUCCCGGGCUCCCCGGUCAGCACCGCAGCCCCACAGCGGGUCCCGGUCCCCGUGGCCAGCCCUCCAAACCGGCGGGUCCCGGGCUCAUCGGUCAGCGCCGCCGUCCCCCGGCCACUCCCAGCCCCGGGGUCCCCGGUCAGCCCUACUGCCCCCCGGCCGGUCCCAGUCCUCCCAGCCAGUCCUCCAAACCGGCGGGCCCCGGGGUCCCCGGUCAGCCCUACUGCCCCCCGGCCGGUCCCAGUCCUCCCAGCCAGUCCUCCAAACCGGCGGGCCCCGGGGUCCCCGGUCAGCCCUACUGCCCCCCGGCCGGUCCCAGUCCUCCCAGCCAGUCCUCCAAACCGGCGGGCCCCGGGCUCCCCAGUCAGCCCUGCUGCCCCCGGGCCACUCCCGGUCUCGGGGUCCCCGGACAGCCCUCCAAACCGGCGGGCCCCGGGCUCCCCGGUCAGCCCUGCUGCCCCCGGGCCACUCCCGGUCUCGGGGUCCCCGGACAGUCCUCCAAACCGGCGGGCCCCGGGCUCCCCGGUCAGCCCUGCUGCCCCCGGGCCACUCCCGGUCUCGGUGUCCCCGGUCAGCCCCGUUGCCCCCCAGCCGGUCCCAGGCUCCCCGGGCACCUCCCAGGCCUGUGGCUUCCUGCACAAGAUCGGCUCCAACUCCUUCAUUGUCAGUCCCCGGGGUCUCCGUCCAGGCAGCCGUGCCCCACUCACCAACAGCCCCUUGGAGCAGCCUAGCAGGAGCCCCUGUGCUAAGGCGCCGCCGGUGCCAUCGCCAAGCGUUUCCCUUGCCAGAGACAACACAAGGCCAAAGCCGGAGAGGAGCAAAGAGAUCCAGCCAUCCCAAUCCAGUGCCACCCCCAGUCCUCUCCAGCCGCUCUCUGCAUCUGUCCUGAGGGACGGGGGCUCCUUUGAGAUCCGCCCAGCCCCCAAGCCAGACCUGGCCACCAUCCCUGCCCAUGAUUUCCAAGCGAAGGCCCUGGCCAAUCUGCGCCUGAACUCACGGAACUCCUUCCUCUUUGUGCCCUGCCGUGGCAGGGGGCAGUGUCUGACAGAGUCUGCAGGGGCCCUGUCACCCUUGAAGCCUGAGUGUGAGCAGCAGGGGGAGCCCAUAACCCCCCCACAGGCCCCUCAAGAGCUCUUGGUGCCUGUGACUUACAUUGAUGAUGAUAUUGUGGAGCUGGACGCUGGGGGCCUGCCCCAGGAGAUGGGCCCAGCUGCAGGACUGAAGGACUCAGAGCAGCCCCAAGAAGCUACCUCAGACCUGGGGAUGGAGACUUCUGCUAUACCCCUGUACAUACCCCACUCUGCCGCCUCCACCUUCCAGCAGAGAGGCGGCAAUACAUUCACCAUAGUGCCCAAAAGGAAGCCACCCAGCUCUGGGCUGGAGGUUGACAGUGGAGCCAGCAAAGCCCAGCAAUCGGAAGAGGAAGACGAUGAGGAAAGCAGAAGCAAGGGCAAAACCUUGGGGAGCCCUGGUGCGUCCCAACUGGAUCUUGGGCCACUGCUUAAAAAGCGCUACCCCACUGUGAAUGAGAUCGAGGUGAUCGGCGGCUACCUGUCCCUGGAGAGAUCCUGCAUGAGCAAGAUGGGCUCUCACCGCAAAAAGAUGAAGAUCUCUUUCAAUGAGACAAGUCUGCAGACCACAUUCGAGUACCCUUCUGAGAGCUCACUGGUGGAGGAGGAAGAGUCUUCCUCAGAAGUGGAAGAUGACGAGGAGGACAAGCCCUCUUCCCUGUUCAUUCCACGCCCAACCUGCACCAUGCACGCCAACGUGCCCAGCUCAGGUUUCUCCAGCUACACUCCAAAGCACUCUGUGGAGUUCAGCAAGUGGCAGGAGCAGGAAUACGAGGAGCAGCCUGCCACUGCUGCCGGGCCCCUCCUGAAAGAGGCCAAUCCCACAGGGAACCAGGUCAUGCUUACCCCGGCCGAUCAGAGUGGCCUCUCCGACUUCAGCAGUGAGCCUGCCCUGUACUUCUGACUCCUGGGCCAUGCCACCUGCAGCACUCCGGCUGAGCAGGGAACCUGGCAGCUUUCCCUGUGUUCUGUUCUCAACGUCCUCGGAUGCGCUUCGUGGGAUGGAGACUUUCUGAAGCACCACAGAAACGGGCUGCUGGCCCCAGCCACUCCACUUUGUCACAGGCCCUGCUGCCUGAGGGGGACUAGAUGCCACUGGGUAUUUCGGGAGAAUAUUUGCACAGGAUUCUGGGGGACACCUGCUAGUUCCAAGGUAGCUGUCGUGUUCUGCCUGUGGCCUUACACAUUCCUUCAAGAGCAGCUGCCAAUAGCCUUCUGCGAAUGACUCAGUAAGAGCAAGUCUCUAGCCCCUUGAUACAGCCAGAGUGGGCUCUAGAAAGGCUUGGGGACUCUCUUCUCAGUGGAGAAGCUCUGGUUGAAAGUCUCUGCUGUUUGAGCACUGAGGGAUCUCCGGGGUUGUCUGUGAAUCAUGUUAGCAGUUGAACCCAGGAAAGCAGCUGUGGUCUGGGACCUGCAUUGCAACAGGAGCAACUGCUGCCACUUUGGUGUUCAGCUUGGAGGCUGUUGGAGAUUAAUAGCGAAGUCCCAGCCCAAGCAUAUUUCUGGGCCUGCUAUGCAGCUGUUGUGGAGCCCAGUGAGUCAGCCUUCUUGGCUGAAAGUGGGGUACGCACAGUGGGGUGAAGCAUGGUAGGAGAAUGGGCAAAUUGUUCUCUGCUGCAGAUCAGUAAGAAAAUGAUCGAUAAAAGCUGGAGUGUCCCCAGCCUACAAUGCUGGUUUGCUCCCUAUGGGCAGCUGGACCUGCAUGACUUGGCCCCUUGAAAGAGUUCCCAAGCACUGGUGAUAGCUUUGAUCUUCCCUAGCUCAGCUGUUGGUGUCUCGGGCUCUAAGCACUGUCACUCCUGCUGUCGUUUGCCUGUUCUCCACCCGGCAGUUGUUGGCUUCUGAAUCUGAGUGCCAACUGCUGGGCCCAAGACAUGUCCAGUGCCUGUGCUCCAGGCCCCGGAGCAGACCGCAGAAUUGAGAACUGCCCUGUUAAACCUGCACCUGGCCUUUCUCACGCCUCUGCUCCAAAGUGCAAAAGGGCCAUUUCUCUGCUUUCUUCCACAGAGGCCUGAACAAGAAAUAUGCUGUUCUCUAUGGAGUUUUUAUAAUUCACCUUCACUAAUUGGUAAUGCAAGCCAAUAUGCAAUGCAGUCUGCUAGGCUCUGUCACUGCUGGUGGACACAUCUCUAGUACUGUAGACUCAGGGUCAGAAUAGCGCUCUCUGUAAAAGACCAAUGUUCAUGAACUGAACAUUGCUGCUAAUGUGACUUCUGCUCCUGGGAUUAAAGGAAAUGUGGCCAGCACAGAGCUGGACUCUUUGGGCAUUGUGGAUGGGAAGGUGGUAUCUGAGCCCGCCACCUCCUCCAAAGGACCAAGCUUGCGUCGUUCUGAUUUAAAUCUACUGAUGUUUGUUAGUUUGUCUGAUGGUGUCCAAUCAAAGCGUCUGUGAUUGUGUCUGAAUAGAAAAUCUUUUGUAUACCUUGCACUUACCUUGAUGAUCGCAUAUACAGAGCAAAAGGGGAGGGUGUCUCUAUGUACCCUCUGGCAUUCAUGGCCAGACUUUUGGCAGAGCCUGCCCUAGUGACCUAACUGGGAACUGCUACUUCUGAAAACUCAACUGCUCCACUGACACUUUGCCAGGUUUGCUGGAGGAGCCCAGUACCUCCACCCCGCCCCCUUUCUGCCCUUGUAACACUUUGUGCUUCCAAAUUGCAUGAAAGGACCCAUGUGACUCCCACGUGUAUUGUUGCCUGGUGAUUUUUAGUACUUUGGAAUUACAGAAAUUCAAAAGAACUUUCUUGGUGGUUUGAUAAAUGGGAUCUAAUAAAUAACAUGGCAGUGAGCCCUCUGUGCUGAUGGUUGUCCCUGCUAACCAGUGGUGAGCGUGUUCAA